AUGUUUAUCAUUAUUCUUUCAAUAUGGCCUCAACAUCACGAGCCCUUGAGUAAUGACAUAGAGAAACUUUUGAAGGAAUAUGAAGGUGAAACCUCCAGUUCGUCGGGCGAAGAUGGAUCUGAAACUGCAGAAAUUGAACAUAGAUCCGAAGACUUUGAUGAAGAUGGUUUGUUUGAUGUUGAAUCUGGAUCCGAUGAUGAUGUUCUUCUGCCUGAUUUCUUUAUGGACAAAAAUGGUUAUACUUGGAGAAGAACUCCGUUCACUGUUCCUAAUACACGCACUGCAAGUAGAAACAUCGUGAUAAAUCAACCUGGUCCUAAAGGUUUUGAACGCGACGCAAAAACCGAAUCAGAAGCGUGA